AUGGCGACUAGCACCACGGGGAAAAGACGCAUCCGCAAACCUCGACCAGCGGAUGCCAUAAGGCGGCGAGCGCGCGAUUCCAAAAACACUGGCUGGAAGGAACCACGCCUGGCUGCGGACUACUUGUGCCAGCCGGCUCCUCGCACCAAGACAUAUGUCACCAAAGAUGGAAGGACCAACUUCGACGGUCGCUAUUCUCUCAAGCCCAAGCCCCGCAAGAGGGAACAGCCUGUCCGUCAGAAGCGAGGUGCCAACUCACCGCCGGAAAAGCCAAAGGAAGAAGUCAACUCAGAGCAUUAUGACCUUGCAACCCCACGGCUACCAGAAACCGAGGAUAGUUUUCAUGCUCGUCCAUCCAUCAAGUUGCCCAUUCCUGAUCACAUCAAGGCGAUGCUUGUGGACGACUGGGAGAACAUCACCAAGAACAAUCAGUUGGUUCCUCUUCCCCAUCCUCAUCCUGUCGAUGAGAUCCUGAACGACUACUUGGCUUUCGAGAAGCCCAACAGAGAGGACGGCUCAGCCAACAUGGACAUCCUCGAGGAAGUCCUCGCUGGUCUCCGCGAGUACUUUGAGAAGUCACUCAGCCGCAUUCUUCUGUACCGCUUUGAGCGCCCCCAAUACCACGAGAUCCGCAAGGUAUGGGAGAAGGCCGGUGAGAAUGACAAGAACAAGUCUGUGUGCGACACCUAUGGUUCCGAGCACUUGUGCCGCCUGAUGGUUUCCUUACCUGAGCUGGUUGCCCAGACAAACAUGGAUUCUCAGUCCGUUGGCCGUCUUCGCGAGGAGCUCUCCAAGUUCACUGUCUGGCUUGGCAAGCACGCGAAGAACUACUUCGUCAGCGAGUACGAGACGCCCUCCCAGGAGUACAUCGAUAAGGCACGGGGUUUCUAG